UUGACCUAUAUAUAAAAUUCGGCUAUUUUAUUUCGCCCCGAAAAAGUGAUAAAUCUGUCGGAUCUGAAAGAUGUAAUUUUGAACAGUGUUGUCAUAAUAAUGUUAAUUUUCCAACUUCCUUACACGAGAAUACUGAGAAAGCCAAGAUUCCACAAUUUAUUUAUAUUGUUUAAUAACACUACGCUAUCUGAAGAAACAGGAAAUUAAGCUACAAAUUCCAUCAAACUUCCUAACCAAUACCCAUAUUUCAUUUAAAUUGCAACACUGAUCAUUUUCUGAUUCCAAUAGUGUCCAAUAGCAAAUUCUCUUAAAUUUUCCAUCCAGUGAUGUGUAAUUGUUCCAAUGUAUCUUUAACUUUCAAUAAAAUUAUCUAAAAAAGGGUUAUUUUGUUAUCAAAGUGCUGUUCUAUGUAUAAAUAUCAUUAUAUUAUCAUAGGUUUCCCUGUUCAUAGUUUGUGAUUUGUUGAUGUGUCUAAUGUGUCUAAAAUAAUCAUUAUUUAACUUUAUGAAGACCACAUUUUGAGAAUAUGAUGGACGCAAAUGAUUUAUCUUCUGAAACUACACGUAAAAGUAUAUUUUCACAAGGAUGGACACGUAUUUCUCAGAUAUACCAGGGUACAUUAGAUAAAUGGACGCCACAUGCGAGAGCGCGGUGGUUUGGGAGUGCAGUACUUUUAGCAAUAUUUCUGAUUAGAAUAUUUACAAAACAAGGAUGGUACAUAGUAACAUAUGCGCUCGGCAUAUAUCAUUUGAAUUUGUUCAUCGCAUUCUUAACACCGAAGAUUGAUCCUGCCAUGGAUUUUGAUGCGGAUGAUGAAAAUGGCCCUGCUUUACCCACGAGAGCGACGGAAGAAUUUAGACCGUUUAUAAGAAGAUUACCAGAGUUUAAAUUUUGGCUGUCUGUCACUAAAAGUACACUAAUUGCAUUCUGCUGUACUUUUAUCGACGCAUUUAAUGUUCCAGUAUUCUGGCCAAUCUUAGUUAUGUAUUUUAUCACACUUUUCUGUAUUACUAUGAAGAGACAAAUCAAGCAUAUGAUCAAGUACCGGUAUCUACCGUUCACUCACAGCAAGCCAAAGUAUAAAACUGUGGACUCUGCAGUAACCGUAAACUGAUGUUACUCUAUCAUUCUACUUGUAAAUUAACGACCGGAAAGUCAUAGAUAAAUUAACUUAAAAACUGUUGUAUGAAAUAUUUCUAGAAAUACAGUUUUUAUUAUAAUGUUU